CAUAUAACAUGUGGCAUCUCUGCAGGUUGUAAAGACUGUUUAUGCAUCUCCAAGCCGUGUCAAUUUUCAAUUGGACUCAAGAAAGGAAGUGGAGACAACACCUGCUUAUCCAGAUAUUUGUUUCGCAAUCGAUGACUUCGACUCCACUUUUGAUGCUGUGGUCUUGACUGAAACGGACCAUUGCUAUUGUGUAAUUCUCAAUGCACAUGAUGGGGCAGCAUUUCCCAGGGUAAAGGAACAAGAUGGUUGCAGUUCCAGUGAUAGUUCCUCUUUGAGGGUCGAGACUAAUUCUUCAAAGACAAAAAAUACUAAGCUGACUCUUUUUUCAGGAUUUGUCAGCUAUCAAAUGGUUCGAGAUGCAUAUGAUGCUGGCAAGUCUCGAUUUGGGAAUCUUCUUGGUAAUUCCCCUGGCAAACAAGACAGACUUUACAUGAAAGGUCCUGGAGGACGUGGCGAAGUUGAAGUAGCUGUUUCCGGUGUUGCAGAUCAAAGCCAACAAGAUCUAGGUCCAUUUUCACCUGUUAUAUCCAAGCAAGGAUUUGGAAUUGGCUCCAUUGUUCGUAAAGCGGCUUCUGUUGCAUCUGUGGCUGCAAAGAAUGCCUAUGCAGCUGCUGCUUCUAGCCAUAGUUUUGAUGAUGAGUUGGUACCUCUCAAAUGCUGCUUAAUGUCCAUUACAUUACCCUGGGAACACAUUGCAUAUGAUCUUCUCUUUAAGGGUACUCCUCCAGUAAACUUGUAAGCAUGCAUCUUAUGUACUUCUCACUGGUGAUGAAUAUCAUAAAUGAGUAUGCACCUGCAAGAGGAAAACGUGAGACGAGCAGAGAUGUCCUGUGAUCAUUGUAAAGUUUGUAAUCCACUUGUAUAUGGAGACCUCUUGCUCUCCGUAUGCGCAUACGGCGCUGGCCUAGAGCUGUUUGUAAUUAAAUGUAUUGUACAACACUAUAUUUUUUUUCUCUCUUUUUUGUUUCUGUUUACAAAACUCAGCAACAUCUUCAUGAUCAAUAUACUUUUCCAGGUUCAGUGAACAUCUGGCUCUAUAUUAUAUA